UAUGCUUUUUUUAGGCUUUUCCAGUUUUCUUUGUGGUGAUGGAAAAGAAGAACCUUGAGGCAUAUAAAUCACCUCUGUCAUUCAUAAAAAACAAAAUACCGGAACUCUGUCCCGAGGUGAUCAUAAGUGACUUCGAGAAGGCACUACAACAGGCAUUACGAGAAGCAUUUCCUCGAAUCAAUAUUGUAGGCUGUUGGUUCCACUCAGCUAAUUCAAUUAGGAAGAAAGCGAGGAACCUUGGAUUGGCGCGAGUGAUGAACACUGAAGCCCAUGCCUGAAAAGUGGUGAAGAUGGCAAUGGCGUUGCCAUUAUUACCACAAUAUAACAUUAUUCAAGGGAUACAAGACAUAGCUACAUAUGCAAAUGAAAAAGGUUUGUCGGCUACUGUCGCACCAUUUCUGCAAUACGUGCAGCGGACGUGGGUUGAAGGAGGUGGAGCACAGCAUCUGUCAGUUUUUGGUCAAAAAAGGAGGACAAAUAAUGACCAAGAAUCUUUCCACUACCGCAUGCUUCAAAAAAUAAGGAGGGUGCAUCCCAAUGUUUGGUGUUUUACCGAUGGUUUGAGGAAAAUGGAGCAUGCGGCUGUGCAAGAGUACGAGACGUACAUGAGUGGAGCUGCUCCACCUCAGUCUAGGCCCAGUGCGUACCUAGCACAAGACCGAAGAAUUAUUUCAGCCUCCAACCAGUUGUUGGCGGGAGACAUUGUUGUCUCGGAAUUCCUCCAUCUUGUGUGUCACACCAUUGGCAAUGUGUACGAUCCACAAAGUGGAUUCUUAGGCCUAUCUGAUGAUGAACAAGAUGAUGAUGAGGUUGCUCCACCACCACCUCCUCCAGCAAAUCCCUUGAUGGCUCCAGUGCUAGUCGAAGGUGACGAGGUUGCCGCGGGUGAGAGGGGCGACCAACAAGAUCCUGCGCCAGCAGCAAGAGGUCGGAGACGUCAACGUGGAAGAGGACGAGGACGAGAUGAAGGACGAGGCCGUGGUCGUGGCCGUGUCCGUGGACGUCAACGUGGUGGACACCAACCUCUCGCCGGAAAUGAAGAUCCUGCACAGGCACACAGCUAUUGUAAUGUGUGUCUCACACACAAUAACGAUAUGAUGGUCGCUUUGCCAUGUGGACACAUCUCCGUAUGUUCCAUGUGCCUCCCACAGUUGGUGCCACACGUGGAUGAAGGAGUAAGAUGUGGUUGUGGUUUAAGAUUUGCAUCUGUGGAGAGAAAAAUUAUUUUAUUUUGUUUAAUUAUUGAGAGAAAAAAACAAUAUUGAACAACAAGGUACAAUGGAUUAAUGUUACAAGCCUCCAUAAGUGUAGGGGAAUGUCAGCUAGCCUUCAACUAGCUUCAAGCUUGCUUAACCCAACUGUCCAGUUGGAAGUGCAUUUGGUAGUGCUUAUUUUGGGACUGCAUUUGGUAAGUGCAUUACAUAAUGAUGUUUCAUGUUUCAAAUUCAUGAACCAGUUACAUGCAUAGAUAGAUAGAUAGAUUGAAUAGCAUUCACUGCCCACCUGAAUCAGGGGGAUCUGGAACUUGUCAAAAAUCUAAAUGGUCGAACAAAAAAGACACAGCCCACAGUAACAA